AUGCCUGCCGAACGCAGAUUGAGAUCAUGCUUGACCGCACCCAUUAGAGCAGAACGCGCGUGUCGCCGUGUUCUUUCGGGCGCCCUACUUCGACUAUCCAGAGCACUCGCGCCUGGUUCCCCACAUCACCCGCGCUCGGUGCGGUCGUCCACCCCGUCCUCUUCAGAUUCAUCACUUCCCUCGACUCCGGAUGGCCCAAUACUACACACGAUCGCUCUUCCGCCGGAUGAAACGGGUGAAGUACACCAGCUACCCACCCAAACCUCAGAUCCGCGUACGCGGACACCUACAUACAUGCCAUCUCCCAUACUCGCGAACGCGCAUCACGCUCGAGGUCCGGCAACUCCGGUACCCAUACGAGACGCUACUUCGAGGCAAACAUGGACCCCAUCUCCGUCGCCUUCAGCAUCGACAGCUUCGAUCCUCACUCAUGACGCCCCAUCUCCCUAUCCACCUACAUACGAGGCUUCUCGUACUCCGACCGGCUCUGAGUUUGGCGACUAUGACAUGACGCCCCAAGGUGCACCCCGGGUUCUCGCCAGCCCAUCCUCUGGCGCUCUUGCUCACGCAACGUCGUCCCGACCGCCCUCCAUCACCUUCGCACCCCAACAACACGCCCCUGCUCUCGCUGCAUUCGCGCCUUCGCCCACGGCCUUGAAUGGUCGUCUACGACCCGUAACACCGCCCGUUGUAAGCCCUCGAGUGGCACUGGGAGAGAUGGGCAUAGGCGUAUUCAUCAACCCGGACGAGCUCGAACAUACGUCUGAUCUGGGCGCCACAAGGACCCCGCGGGCUUCGCCAAGAGUGACGCCGUAUGUGAGGUCCUCGUCGCAGAGGAGGCAUCCGACGAGGGUGGUCCCUUUACCGCCAACGCCUGGAGAUGGGAAUGCAGUUGCUUCGGGCUCGAGACUCGCCCCGCUACUCAGAGACGAAGCCGAGGACGCGAUGAAUGUCGACGAACCUACGGCGCCUGUUGCUGCGUCUAGCGCACCGGCGCGAGCGCCUCCAGGUCUCCCUGAUGCGCAUAGUGGAACGUUGAAUAGUGCGCUGAGGUCACCAACUACACCUCCUGGCGCGCCUGCGCACACGCACAUAGGUCUCCCUGGCACGCCAUCCGACGGCGAGUCUGAGAUACCGGAAGAUGCGGUGGAUCUCGAGUAUCAGCGAGACCGUGGAUUACGAUUAUUCGUGACUGGGAAUGACGCGCCUUCGCCCGGCCAAUCAUUGCCGCGGACGAUCGAGACUACCAGCACACCAACGUCCAGUCCGACUGCCGUUCAGUUGAAUAGCGUGGCCCAGCAACCCCAGGCUUCUGGCGGGCGCCCUGCAUCCCCACUGCCCCCUCAAACUCCCGCAAAUGUCAUAUUGCAAUUGCGCGCUCUCGCUAGACUGACUGGCGUUCCUCUACCCGAGGACAGUUCGGCAGAGGAAAUCAUACUUCUUGUGGGAGGUGUAGUGGGACGGCUGCAACGUGAACGAGGCGAAGAAGAAGAGCAGCGCGCCCGCACUCGGAGACAACUCGAGGACCAGAUGGAGACUGACAUCGUGCAGACUCAACCAUCUCUGCGUCUCGCUUUAGGACGCAUCCUAAACGAUCUCAAGCCUUCUCAAAGUGCAACUCAGGCUAUCCAGGGUGCAACUCUUAUGGAUGUCUUCGCCGCGCAAAUGUAG